AUGGCCCAGGAACUCACUCCUCGCCUGGCAGUGAUUGAUGAGAUCGUCGCUGAGGUGGCAUCCCCGUUUCAUCUUCGGUACGUGUUCGUCUGUGAGAUGCCCGUGGGCGACGCGGCCUUGGGCAGGAGACUUAGUGAUCUUGCGUCAGCCUCUGCUUCACCGAGUUCGAGCGGCUGCUGGAGCUUGUCCGCUUUCGCCAUGGCUUCCUCCGCCAGGAGGGCCGUAAAGCCUGCGGUAGUGAUGAUAGAGGAUGUCAGUGCAAGCACAGCUUGGGAGCAUCUUGAGAAGGAAUCAGAGGAUCGUGGUUCGUUUGAUGUUCAUGCUCUGCAGUUUUCCGCAGGUGAGCUUGACCAGUUUCAGAGCGUCUUCAAGGUCUUCGAUCGGGACCGCUCGGGCGGAAUGCAGGUGAGCGAGCUGAGCAGCGCCCUAAUCUGGCUCGGCUUCCCUAUCACCUCUGAGCAGAUCUCUUCCCUCUACGAGGGGAACGAUAUCGAUGGCAAUGGAACGCUGGGUGAGGCCGAGUUCCUCCGCUGCCUGGAGACUCUGUACGAGGAUGAGGCUGAGGGUAUCCGGCGCUUUCUCGAGGAGACUGAUGGCAGGUGUCAGAACGGUGGUCAGCUUCUGGAGCUGCUUGAGGAAUUAGGGUAUGUUGACGCCAGUGACGCUAUCCUGGAUGCCCUCCGCGAAAGCAAUGUCAACUUCGGCAAGAGACCUCCGUUGGAGAUCUCCGAAGACCUGCCCCUGGAUCUGGGGGCGGACGAGCUCAGCAACGUGCUGCUCAGCAGAAUGGCAGAUGCCGGAGUUGGAUGGCUGCUGCAGCCAGGGCUUUGCAAGCUCCGAGCUCGAGAAGGCUUCACCGACGCAGAGAUGCGCGAGCUGAAGGAAGCGUUUCAAAUGCAAACGUCUGGCAAGUGCGAGGAGAUUGCCUGCCCAGCGAUUCAGAAGGCCUUGCGCUGGCUUGGCCACUCCUACGCCUUCGAGGUGGUCCAGCACUUCGUGGGGGAGCUAGAUGUGGACUGCGAUGGGCGCUUGGACUUCACCCUGUUCGUGAAGCUUAUUCGCAAGUGCCGCGAUCUGGAGCGGCGAGCUGCCACGGCUGCCUUCCACAGGCUCGAUGCUUUAGGCUUCGGCUUCCUGGACGACGGGAAGCAGUGUCAGGCUUUUCAGAGUCUCGGAUGUCUCGACGCAGUGGGCAACCCACCUCCGCGGUCACUGGCAGAGUGCUCCUCCGCCGACUUGCCCACGUUUCUGAACAUCGUCCAGAGGUACAAAUUCAGCGCCUCCCGACUUCGCGAGCUGCGGAUGAAUGCUGGCUACUCUGAGCUGGAGCUCGCUGCACUUCGCACGCACUUCCAGCGCUUCGACAAGGACGGGAACGGCGUGCUGCGAAAAUCUGAAUUGGUCCAGCUCAUGGAAGAGCUGUUCCCGAGGCACUCCAAUCAGCGUGAAUUCCGGCCAUACUUCAUACAGCUUCUGGGUUAUGCGGACGCAGACAAGAACGACUGUCUUGACUUCCCCGAGUUCGUGCGUAUGAUCCGGAAGAUCAGUGACCACAUGGAGGAGCAGAACUACGAGUGUUUCAACAAGAGCUUAGACGAACUUCGCUUCACGACCAAGGAGGCAGCAGAAUUUCGUGGCCUCUUUCUUCAAGCAGAUCAGAGCGGCACGUGCAUGCUUUCCUUCGCUGACGUCAAGUCCAUGAUUGCACGCUGUUGUGUCCUGGAUGCGGAGCAAUCGACGAAACUUCUAGGUUUCUGCCGCUCUUCGGCUGCAGUUGAGAGCUUGGGUUGUUGUUGUUGGGUUUUUGGGGUUCAGGGCUCUUGA